AUGCAGUCCGGUACGAAGCUAUCCGAGUCGGCAAAAGCACUGGCAGUUGCUAUUCGGGACGUUGAGGGUGAGCACGAAGAAGAAUGGACAGCUGUUACUAUCUCUCGAGGAACCGCAAACAGAAUUAACAAACAACAUAUAGGUGCUAUACCUGGGACUCCGGUAACGUUCAACGCCGGGAUUAGCGACCAUAGACCACCGGCCGAAGACGAAGAUAUUGGUGUGAUUGGCAUUCCACUCGUCGUCAAGCUGAAGUUGGGAUGCCGAAUAGUAUUCACGAAGAACUGCCGAGGUGCUUACUGUAACGGUGACCUUGGUCUAGUCACUGAGAUGCUGAAUGUCGAGGGUGUAAAACAAGUCGAUUAUGGCGCCUUCGACGAAGCCUGCGAGCUAUCAAGGGUCCCAGUGAUACGAGUUAAGCUCGACCGUACCGGACAAGAGAUAACUGUAGAGCCGGUCACCCAGACAGUGACCAAUUAUGACGCCGUCAUAAUUGGUUUCGCCUUUUGUAGUGCAGCCUUUUGUAGUGAGCCGUCGGCUCCCUCCUGUACAAACUUGCCUGUGGAGUUAGGGGCAGCUCUGACAUGCCAUAAACUGCUGGGAUCGACGCUCAAGUACAUUGUUAUUGAUCUGUCGAAGGAUGACGAAUAUAAGAGCCCACACACAGUGCACAUCGAUAUUGAACGCAGGCUGCGUGAGCCUUGGCUUUUUGGCGUUCUAUAUACGAUGUUCACGCGUAUUGGAAGCUCAAAUCAAGUAUACACUAAAUGGGUAGGCACAGAGCGGCUCACUAAAAAGCUCGUGUUCUCUCCAUCGGCUAAGAAGUUCGAUGAGUUCUGUCGCGAGCAUGACAGACUGAAGGUUCUGCACGAUCGACAGGUCUCAUCAUGCUCAAGUCGGCCUUCUUCACCGAGUCGGAUCCAGGAAGGUUCUUCUAGCGGGAAUGCAGGGUCUGGACAAACUCCUACCUCCUCUGCAGUGUACGAGGUGAGUGCCGCCGAUGUCAAGAAGAUGCUAGACGGCUAUGAAGCUCGUGCUACUGAGCGGGUAUGUGAUGAACUAAUUAAUAUUGUUGUCAAUGCAGUGCAGACUAGUCUGCUAGGCCGUACUCUUGGUUCAGGAGACAGUGGAGAGCAAAGAAGAAUCCAGGACGCGCAUGUCAACACGUUCAUUGAGAUGUCGAAGACCAAUCCUUCCGGAUUCCGUGAAAUAAUGAAAAUGAACCCAUCUGAAUCUGUGGACCACAUCCGCCGCAUGCGAGUGCAUGGGCAGGCCGACGCCUACCAACAAGACCCUGAACGUGCUGCGAGCGAUGUUUCUGUGACCAACCUACAUGCGCCUCCAUCCACUCACAUCGACAUCGAGCGUCCACUGCUCUCUCAUACAGAGGCGCACGACGGAGAGGAACUUUCUCCCGAACCUGCUCCAUCGGUAUUAUGUACAGAC